AAAAAUGUGAUCCCGAGGAAAAACCCAAAAUAAAUCCGAUUCGCGAUCUUUUUCAGAUAGUUCGUCCGCCGCGUGCGGUGUGCUACAUCCGGUUAUUUAACGUGUUUAAUCGUGCGACGACAUUUCCACACACACACACACACAAAUUCCACCAUGGAAUAUCGUCGUAUUUAGUGAUGCCCGAAUCAAUCAUGUUGUGCCCCCUUUAUUUAUUUGAUUUCAUUAUUUAGUGCACGUUUCGGCUUUAUUUUUCGUUUAACGCAUAACCUAAAAUCAGCAAGUUCGCAGCUAAAUUCGAUGAAAAUGGAGAAACCCGAGGAGAAAAAGAAGAUUGUUUACAGGCUGGUUUUAACAGGAGGUCCAUGCGGAGGAAAAACAACGGGGCAAGCCAGAAUCAGUACUUUCUUUGAAAAUCUUGGUUGGAAAGUGUUUAGAGUACCUGAGACUGCCUCAGUACUUUUAAGUGGCGGGAUCAAAUUCAGCGACCUCAAUGACGAAGAAGGUGUGACAUUCCAGGAGAACCUCCUGAAAACGAUGCUGCAGAUCGAGGACACGUUCUUCGAGUUGGGCAGGACCUGCUCCAGGAAUUGUCUGAUUAUAUGCGAUAGAGGUGCGAUGGACGCAUCGGCAUUUAUAUCAAAAGAAAAAUGGGAGAGCAUAAUGGCGGUGAACAGUUGGAAUAACAUCGAGUUAAGGGACAACCGGUACAAUCAGAUCAUUCAUAUGGUGUCGGCGGCGAAUGGGGCGGAGGACUAUUACACCACCGAAGAUCAUUCUUGUCGUUCCGAAGGGGUGGAACUGGCCAGGGAACUGGACAGUAAAGCGGCUGCCGCCUGGAUCGGACAUCCAUACUUUGACGUCAUCGAUAACUCGACGGAUUUCGAAGGGAAAAUUAGGCGGAUGAUCGGAUCCGUUUGCCAUAAGAUCGGCCUGGAUACGGGCGAUCGACUGUUUACCAACUCGAAGAAGCAUAAGUUCCUCGUCAGGGGUCCGUUGCCGGACGAGUCGGUCUUUCCCGAAUUCCAGGACUUCGAGGUGGUCCACAACUAUUUGCAAUCGAACUCGCCGAACCAGGUGCGAUUGAGGAAACGCGGCCAAAAAGGUUACUACAGUUACAUACAUACCGUGCGACGUCAGAACCAACCGGGAGGUCAAGUGAUCGAGGUUAAAACCCAAAUAAACCAUCGGGACUACAUCAACCUGCUCACGCAAAAGGACAAUUCCCACUUUACCAUUUACAAGAAGAGGCGCUGCUUUAUUUUUAACAAUCAGUACUUCCAGUUGGACAUUUACGAGCAACCCAGUCAUCCCAGAUGUCGAGGUCUAAUCCUCUUGGAAACGUAUUCGGCCCUAGACGACGAGGGGCUAAAAGCGACCCUACCGACCUUUUUAAAUAUCGAACGUGAGGUAACGGGAAAUCCGGAAUAUUCGAUGUACAAUUUGUCCCUGAGGGAGGACUGGAAGAAUUCGAAGAAGUAUUUGAGGACGAACUUCGUGGGGCCCGAGGACUCCGACGGGCACGGACCGAACACUUUGAAACUGAACGGGCAUAAGGAGAGCGCCACCUGUAAGGGCCCCGCGAAGUUAAACGGUUUAAAAGCGACUCAGCCGGUCAAUGGCAAAGCUUGAAGUUUGUGUGAUAAUUAUUAUUUAUCUUUUUUUUUUUUUCGAUAGUAUUUUUGUGUUCUUUUCCUCUUGUAGGUUUUAUUUAUAGGUAGACUAGGAAAUUCAGUUCCUAGAUUUAGUCAGUUCAAAGAUAUAUCCUUACAAUGUAGUAGAUUAGGAAACUUUAUUGUUAUUCGGCUAUUUUACUGUCUUCAAUGAUUUCACUAUUUUUCUACGCUGUGAUGGCAAUUACAGAUUCCUUUCUAUAAAAUGACAGUUGUGACGUUACUUUUUUUCUGUUUGAACUGUGAUUUAUUUUUUGUUUUAUAAUUAUUAAUAUUAAGCUCGACAAAAAUUAAAUGAAUAUUGUUGACACCAAUUUUCGGCAUUUGUACAUUAAUCACAUUUUCAAUUACAGUACCAACUUAAAUGCCUGUACUUAAACAAAUAAAACACCUUUAAAUGUG